AUGAACGAAACAAGUAGUUUGCAAUAUAUUUUAUUAUGUUAAUAAGUUACAGCCUAAAUAGAAACAUAAAUUGGCAUAAAGAAUAAAGAAUUAGCUGAAUAUUUAAUUGAUCUAGCCUUAGAAUCAAAAUCAGAAACAGAAUUUAAAUAUAAAUUAUUAGAAGAUGCAGAAUUUUCAGAUGAUUUUAUAAGCAGUUUAUAUAAACUAAUUAAAUCUAAAUCAUCAUAAUAAUCCAAAUAGCAAAUAUCCUAAUAAAAUUAAACAUUAAAAACUAAUUAUGAAGAAAAAAAGUUUAUAAAUAAAACAGAUAAUAAUAAUAAUAAUAUUAAUGAAGAACAAGAUCAUUAAGAGGAAUUAGAAAAUUCUUCUCCUAAAAAAAAAAAACCAAAAGAAAAGAAAAAAAAAAGAUCCAUUUCAUCAUCCCUCUCUUAAAAAAAAAAAAAAAAAACCAAAAAAUAUCAUCGAUCCCGUUCUCGAUCCUAUUCCCCAAAAAAAUCCCAUAAAAUAUCCUAAGUAUCGAAAUCUCCUAAAAAACCUCCUCAACCGAUUGAAAAAGGUUAAAUAUUUGAUGGAAUAGUUACCAAAAUAAGUGAUUUCGGUUGUUUUGUAUAACUCCAAAAUACUAAAUACCGUACUGAAGGUCUAGUCCACAUCAGCUAAAUAGCAAAUAAACGUAUAAACAAUCCUUCGGAAAUCGUUAAAAUCGGUUAAACUGUAAAAGUAAAGAUCCUCUCUAAUAUAAGUAACAAAAUAAGCCUUUCAAUGAAAGAAGUCGACUAAUUAUUAGGCCAUGAAAAGUCAAUUUUUCCUCUAAAAAAUAACAGCCACCUUUAAUAACAACAUGACAUUCUUCUACAAAAAGAAGAGAAAAAAUUCGGUCCAUUAGACCCUAAAGAAAUCUUAAAAAUAAACGAAAAAAGCGAAUAUGGAACACUCACAGGAAUUCGAUUAUCUAUAAAAGAAAAAGAAAACUCGAAAAAAAAAAAAGUCUAAGACUCUCCUGAUCUAUGGGAAAGUUCCCGAUUACAAUAUACAAAACACUUAGAUCUCCCUUAGUAAGAAAUAGACCUAGAAGCUGAACUUUCUGACGAAAACGACGUCGAAAUCGAAAUGAAUGAACGAGAAGCACCUUUUUUAAAAGAUACAACUACAAAAGGCGGUGUAAACCUCUCGCCUGUAAGAGUAGUUAAAAACUAAGAAGGAAGUCUACAAAGAGAAGCCUUAAAUGCAAUAUAAUAGGCUAAAGAAAGGAAGGAAAUGCGUAUUUAAUAAAAUAAUGCGAUAAUGGACAGUGUUAAUAAACAGGAAUUACUAAAAAUGAAUAUAGACCCAACUGCGGAUACCAGAAUAUUAAUGAGUUAAUUAAAAACACUAGGACAGAUGUAAAACUCGGAAAUUCCCGAAUAUAAAAAAGAGGCAAUGUUCAAAGUUGCCCUAAACUAAAGUGGAAAAACUAAGCAAACCUUAACUAUUCGGGAAUAAUAAUAAAGUCUUCCUAUAUAUUAAUAUAAACACUAACUAAUAAAAGCCUGUCAAGAAAAUCAAAUACUUAUAGUUAUUGGAGAAACCGGUUCUGGAAAAACCACAUAAAUGACACAAUAUUUACUCGAAGCCGGCUUUUGUAAAUCCGGAAAAAAGAUAGGCUGCACCCAACCAAGAAGAGUAGCUGCCACAAGCGUUGCGAAAAGAGUAGCUGAAGAAAUGGGAGUAGUUUUAGGUGAAGAAGUGGGUUAUUCAAUCAGAUUCGAAGAUUGUACAUCUUCAUCUACCGUAAUAAAAUACAUGACAGACGGUAUGCUAUUAAGAGAAGCUUUAUUAGACCCUGAUAUGACUGCUUAUUCAUGCAUAAUGCUCGACGAAGCCCACGAACGUUAACUAUCAACCGACGUACUUUUCGGUUUACUUAAAAAAGUUGUCAAAAAGCGCAAAGACUUUACUUUAAUAGUUACUUCCGCAACCCUAGAUGCUGAAAAAUUUUCCUCUUAUUUUUUCGACUGUAGAAUUUUCAGAGUUCCUGGUAGAACAUAUAAAGUUGAAGUCCUAUAUUCAACCGAACCAGAAAGUGAUUAUGUUGACGCUUCUUUAAUAGUUAUUAUGUAGAUACAUUUACACGAGCCAUCUGGGGAUAUCCUCCUUUUUUUAACCGGAUAGGAAGAAAUAGACAAUGCCUGUUAAAUUUUAUUCGAAAGAAUGAAAAAACUAGGUACUGAAGCACCCGAAUUAAUUAUUCUUCCAGUAUAUUCAGCCCUUCCUUAGGAACUUUAAAAUAGAAUUUUUCUCCCAACACCCUAAGGGACUAGAAAAUGCAUUAUUGCUACAAAUAUAGCUGAGGCUUCUUUAACUAUAGAUGGUAUUUAUUAUGUUGUAGACCCUGGUUUUGCUAAAGUUAAGGUCUAUAACCCUAAAUUAGGUAUGGAUAGUUUAAUUAUAGCUCCCAUUUCUUAGGCUUCCGCCAGAUAAAGAGCAGGAAGAGCCGGAAGAACAGGUCCUGGUAAAUGUUUUAGGCUAUACACUGAAGAAGCUUUCAAAAACGAAAUGUUACCAACCUCAGUUCCCGAAAUUCAAAGAACAAAUCUAGCAAAUACCGUACUUUUGUUAAAGGCAAUGGGCAUAAACGACCUUUUAAACUUCGAUUUUAUGGACCCUCCUGCCGUAUAAACAUUAAUAUAGGCAAUGGAGUAAUUAUUUUACUUAGGCUGUUUGGACGACGAAGGUCUACUAACUAGACUAGGUUUAAAAAUGGCUGAAUUUCCCUUAGAACCUCCCAUGUCUAAAAUGUUGAUUACAAGUGUAGAUCUAGCCUGUUCAGACGAAAUAGCUACAAUAAUAGCCAUGUUAUCAGUUUAGAAUGUUUUUUUUUCGCCCAAAGACAAAAAACAAUAGGCUGAUUAAAGAAGAGCCAAAUUUUAUCAUGUAGAAGGUGAUCAUUUGACCCUUUUAACAGUCUACGAAGCUUGGAAAGCCAACAAUUUCUCCAAUAUAUGGUGUCACGAGAAUUUUAUUGAUGCCCGAACUAUCCGAAGGGCUUAAGAUAUAAGGAAAUAAUUAAUAGGCAUUAUGGAAAGAUAUCAUUUGCCUAUAUAGUCUUGUGGAAAAAAUUACGCCAAAAUACGAAAAGCAAUAUGCUCUGGAUUUUUCAAUCAUGCAGCAAAAAAAGAUAGAGUCGAAGGCUACAAAACAAUUAUGGACAAUCACACAGUUUUUAUUCAUCCUACUUCUGCCCUUUUCCAAAAAUCGCCUGAAUGGGUAGUUUAUCAUGAGUUGGUUUUGACAAGUAAAGAAUAUAUGAGAAACAUUACUAAAAUUGAUCCGAAAUGGCUUGUUGAUGUCGCUCCUUCUUUCUUUUAAUAUGCAAGUGCGGGUAAUCUUUCCAAAAUAAAAAAAUAAGAAAAAUUAGAAUCACUUUCUAAUAAAUAUGGAGAUCCCGAGGCUUGGAGAUUAUCGAAAAGAAGAGGAAACGGAUGA